CUUUUGAGAGAGCGUCUGGAGCAAUUUUCUCUGCGUGGAGCCUGUCCUGACUUACGAAGCAGGGUCCUGAACUUUGCCAAAACAGAAAGGAUGAAGCUCAGUUUGGGCAGGAUGCCCCUGGGGGUGAAAUCUGCCUUUGUCUUGGCAGUGGCUUUUCUUCUUCAAGGUAUGACAUGCAUGAGUAUUGGAAGAACUCCUGCAACUCCUGCAACUCCUGCUACUCCUGCUACUCGUGCAACUGCUGCAACAGGCGUGGCUAGUCGAUCGGUGGCUGGUGCCCUUGAGAAGGAGGAGACCCUGCUACUCCUUGCAACUCCUGCUACUCCUGCAACUCCUGCAACUCCUGCUACUCCUGCUACUCGUGCAACUGCUGCAACAGGCGUGGCUAGUCGAUCGGUGGCUGGUGCCCUUGAGAAGGAGGAGACCCUGCUACUCCUUGCAACUCCUGCUACUCCUGCUACUCCUGCAACUCCUGCUACUCCUGCUACUCGUGCAACUGCUGCAACAGGCGUGGCUAGUCGAUCAGUGGCUGGUGCCCUUGAGAAGGAGGAGACCCUGCUACUCCUUGCAACUCCUGCUACUCCUGCAACUCCUGCAACUCCUGCUACUCGUGCAACUGCUGCAACAGGCGUGGCUAGUCGAUCGGUGGCUGGUGCCCUUGAGAAGGAGGAGACCCUGCUACUCCUUGCAACUCCUGCUACUCCUGCAACUCCUGCAACUCCUGCUACUCCUGCUACUCGUGCAACUGCUGCAACAGGCGUGGCUAGUCGAUCGGUGGCUGGUGCCCUUGAGAAGGAGGAGACCCUGCUACUCCUUGCAACUCCUGCUACUCCUGCAACUCCUGCAACUCCUGCUACUCCUGCUACUCGUGCAACUGCUGCAACAGGCGUGGCUAGUCGAUCGGUGGCUGGUGCCCUUGAGAAGGAGGAGACCCUGCUACUCCUUGCAACUCCUGCUACUCCUGCUACUCCUGCAACUCCUGCUACUCCUGCUACUCGUGCAACUGCUGCAACAGGCGUGGCUAGUCGAUCAGUGGCUGGUGCCCUUGAGAAGGAGGAGACCCUGCUACUCCUUGCAACUCCUGCAACUCCUGCAACUCCUGCUACUCCUGCUACUCCUGCUACUCGUGCAACUGCUGCAACAGGCGUGGCUAGUCGAUCGGUGGCUGGUGCCCUUGAGAAGGAGGAGACCCUGCUACUCCUUGCAACUCCUGCAACUCCUGCAACUCCUGCAACUCCUGCUACUCCUGCAACUCCUGCUACUCCUGCAACUCCUGCAACUCCUGCUACUCCUGCAACUCCUGCAACUCCUGCAACUGCUGCAACAGGCGUGGCUAGUCGAUCGGUGGCUGGUGCCCUUGAGAAGGAGGAGACCCUGCUACUCCUUGCAACUCCUGCAACUCCUGCAACUCCUGCUACUCCUGCAACUCCUGCAACUCCUGCAACUGCUGCAACAGGCAUGGCUAGUCGAUCGGUGGCUGGUGCCCUUGAGAAGGAGGAGACCCUGGAUAAAAAUGAGCUUGAUGCCAAUGAGCCUAAAAUGGAUUAUGACGAGGCUGACCAUGAUGAAGACUCCCUGGAAUACGAUGGGACCGUUUCACUUGACAAAGUAGGCGCAACCGAGUCUCCAAAAGACACCAUGAAAGAAGAUGCCAACGAGGAGGGAGCAAGUAAUGUGGAAGCGUCCCCAAAGGAGAACAGGCGAGCGGAAAUCAACGUUUUGGAAGGGGAAAACCCAACUGACCUCGAUGAUGCCCUUAACUUUAUCAGCCUCAUUGCCAAGAGAGCUGCUGAGCAGCUGGAAGAGGAAGAGGCGGAGGACAUGAUGUCAAGUGACGAUGACGCUCUUAACUUCAUUAGGCUGGUUGCCAAGAGAGCCGCUGAAGAGGAGGAGGCAGCUGAAGGAGGGAAGUCAGUCGACGAGGAUUCCUUUUCGUUUACCGACCUGCCCAAAAUCUUGGGGCCCCUGCUGAAAGCGUUUUCUAGCGCGCCAGAAAAGUCCGAGGCUCCCUCACCGGAUGACUUCUUUUCUUGGUUUCCUGACCUGAAGAAACUUCUGGAGGAUCCCAAGCCGGCUGACAGGAGAUCUUAUCUGCCUACUUCUCCCCAGCCAUCCCUACAAAUAUUCCCCGCCUCUCCCCAGCCCAUUGGAUCUGAAGACCUUUCUUCCCCAUCUCUGCCAGAAGUGUCAGCCUCUGCUGCCCAACCAACCAUACCUGAACCUCCUCAGACAAGACAGCCUUCUCUCCCAGAUGUCCCAGACUCAGAAGAGAGAUUUGAUUAAGCAGGCACAGCCAAGCAGUCCUCACCUUUCUGGAGAAUGAGGAAAAACGAAAAGGGAAGGCUGGUAGGGAGUCUCAUUCCCCCAAACCUCCUAUUUCUCCUUGAGAUCACCUCUAUUUCUUAUUAUUAACAAGGUAUAAAAAGUAAGCACAAUAUAUGCUUUUAAAAACACCCUGUUUUUCAUUUGGCAAUUUAAUGCUGCAGCUAUUCAAUUUGGUUUGCAUUCGAAUUGGAGCCUGCCUCAUUCUCACAUCCCAAAUCUGCGCGUGAACAGAAAUGCUGCCUUAUCUUAGUGGGCAGACUUAUCUAUCCCUAACUGUACUUGGGCAUGGUGAAUCAACUCUGCUUUGUUUCCUUAAGUACAGCCCAGCCUCCAGAUUUCCCCCCAUCUUCAUUAAGCUAGGAACCUGCUGCAGGCUUGUAUAAAGAGCACUGCCCAAGAGCUGUAUAUCACCUUGCUUAAUAAACCUGUUUGGUUACUA